AUGAAAUCAACGACACAGCAACCAUCGUCGGGGACUAAGCGAUCGCUCAGUGCUGUCGGGGAGUCUCGGCCUCGCAAACGGGAGAAAUAUGCUCGAGUGGCCUGCGCGCUAUGCAAGAUACGCAAGGUCAGAUGCAGCGGCAAUCAACCCUGCAACCGGUGUGAGGAACUUCAGGGCGAGUGUGUCUAUAAUGAUCCUCCCCACCCCGACACACACAACACCCCUCCGCAGUCGGCCCACCCUGGCCUGGACCUGUCGAUUUUGCGAGUGAAUAGGAUCUGCGAACAGAUGCAACAGAAAAUGGCUCGCUUCGUUGAUUCGCAUCCGGGUCGACCCUGUCUCCAGCGCAAGGUGCCGACGGACAACGAAAUCCCUCACCCCAAAAAUCAGACGCCAACCGACUUUAGGUACACUCUUAGUCUUACCCACUUUACACUCACGGGCAGACGAGCGGUGUCGAAUUCGUCCGAUUUCAGUCCCAAGCGUCCUUGCCAUUCUGGGAACGGGCUGGUGUCUCCAGAUUUCUUGAUCUCCUUGCUCCAAGCUGCCCACCCAGUCUUGGAGCUCGGCCACGCAAAAGUCACCCAGCUAGUCACAAUAUUCAAGAACGAGGUUUACCCCAUAUUCCCCUGCGUCAGCAUUCAGUUGGGACACAAUCUUGUCGACAUGCUUUUUUCCCUCCUGAACCGUACUCAAUACGAAGCGACAUGGAACCUCGAAGUGAUUGAUGUGGAGCUCGCAAAGGCGGUUGUGGCUAUUGCCAUGCUGGUAAAACAUGACACACAAAGCCCCUUGGCUGCAGACCUGGAGGACCAUCUGCUAUGGAGCGUGGACUCGUGCUAUGACCAGGACCAACCCCAGUUUGAAGACAUCAUCAUGGCAACUCUGCUAUCCCUGUACUUCGACCUCAAACACCGACCGGUCAAGGCGUGGCGUCUGUCUGGAGUCGCCGCUAAGCUGUGCCUCGAGCUUGGCCUUCACCGAGAGAGCUUCUUCUCCGACACUCAAUUGUGUCCGGACCGAAUUGCUGACUGUAAACGCUUGUUUGCCUGUGUGUAUGAUCUCAACAGGAGGUGCAGUUUCUACUCUGGCCUUCCCUGGACCCUUCAUGACAGGGAAAUCGACCUGUCGAAUCUACGAGUAGAACCGCCAGAGUCCUACCUUGCAGCCAUGAUCGCCAUUGACAGAAGCCUCUCCGAGACCUGGGCUAUCGUCAACUCGCCAACGCCACAGUCUGAGAAAAGCCGCGAACGCGUCGAGUUCCUCAAUUUUCAACUACAGAAACUCGUCAGCAGCCUGCCGAUAGCGGACUUUACGCCACCUAAACCAUCAGUCAAUCCACCACCCUGGCUGGACUUGCAACUCAAGCAGUUCUGCCAUCUCCGAGUGCACUACAUCAGGCUACUCAACUACAUUUGCUCCUUCAAGUCGCUCACCGAUCUACUCUCAGACCCGCACUCAGCCCGCAAACUCCUCACCUCCGCUGCUGAAUCCAUUGACAUUCAACAGGGAAUGAUGCUAAGUGCCGCUGCGCGGGAAGGCGAGGCUGACUCGAGCCCCAGCCCCCUCAUCCUCCCUUCAGCAAUCAAGAUUCUCGUCUGUUCUGUCUCUUUCAUGCUGCUGGCCGUUUCACACUACCCAGCCGACUACGCGCCUUUGUGCAGCGAUUCCUUCUACACCGCCAGAGAGAUUCUUACAAAUGCGCAAAUCACAGUAAAGGAUUCGGAUCUAGACAUCCGUGGUACGCUGGAGGAGUUGCAACGGAUUGCUGAUAGUAUCCAGUUGCCAUCGCCGCCGCCCAAGCGGCCAACUCCUAGUUUGCUCCUUCCGUUGGCUUUGGGAGGCGGUGGAGAGCAGGGAUCCGCGGGAUCUGACGUGUUUGAGGGCCUACAGACGCCUGAUCCUAGUUUUUUUCCCAUUUUGGACGAGGUUAAUCUUGCGGGUCCUGAUAUGUUAUAUAUGAACAACAUGCUUGGCUAGGCGAAAUGGCACGGCUGGGGGUUUGUUUUCAUGUUAUAUGUAUACGGGAAGGUUUCCUCAAAGUGCUUGAUGUUUCUUGCUCUUUUCUAUUUAUUCUAACCCAGGGGGGUUGUCACGGGCCUCGCCCUGCUUAGGUCCCGCUUAGGUCAUCGCC